CUUAUGUUGCUAUCAAUGAUGGUGAUGAUGGUAAAUUAUUUCUUGAUCAAAAUUCAAAUGAUAGUGAGAAAUAUUCAAAUCAAAAUCAAGAUUUAUUAAUAAAAAAUCCGGCCAGUAUUUCUUCGUUGUCCACAAUAAAAUCACAUCAUCAACAGCAACAACAACCAUCAAAAUCAAUGACAAUUCGACGAAUGAAUACUAUCGGUAUUGAUGAUCCAGAAUUUAAAUAUCAAAAUAUAACAGCACAAGUUGGUCAUCCUGCCUAUAUGCCUUGUAUUAUUGAUUCACUUGAUGAUAAAAUGGUUUCAUGGAUACGUUUACGUGAUUUUCAUCUAUUAACAAUCGGACAAUUAACUUAUAUACAAGAUGAUCGUUUUGUUGUACGUUAUGGUGGUUAUCAAUCAAAUGAUUGGAUUCUACAAAUUAAACAUGUUACAAUCAAAGAUGAAGGUCUAUACGAAUGUCAAAUCAAUUCGGAUCCACCAAAAAGCCAAUAUUUUUACCUACAUAUUGUCGUACCAGUUACCGAAAUUAUUGGCAAUCCAAAUAUAUUUGUACGUCUUGGUGAAUCAAUUAAUCUUACCUGUUUAAUAACACAAUCACCUGAACCACCGGCAUUUGUAUUCUGGUAUCAUAAUGAACGUAUGAUUAAUUAUGAUUAUACUGAAACCGAUGAUGGUCGUAUUAUUAUACAAAAAAGUACCGAACAAAAUGAUGUGAUUAUAUCACGUUUAAUUAUUAAUAAAGCUAAAUUAGAAGCAAGUGGUAAUUAUACUUGUUCACCAAGUAAUGCUGAACCAGCAUCAACAUAUGUACAUGUUUUACAAGGUGAAAAACGACUUUCGAAUGAUGUACAAAAUGAUUGGAAUCAAGCAUUAGAUAUAAAAAAUAUACAACAUAAAAGUGCCACAAAUUCGGAAGGUCAUCAUUCCGGUUCAAUUUCUACAAUUUACAAUUAUGUUGCUAAGACCAGAUAA